GCGAGCCACUAGUCACACAAGAAAUGCCCUUCCCGCCUUGUCCGUAGCUUGCACUCGUAAUUACCGAUUUGCCCCUCGCUCCGGGAUCCAUGGACGCCAGCCUCCGCACGCUGCCUCCGGCGAGCUUCCCCGGCGAGGUCCGCUCCGCCGUCUCCUCCCUCCUCCUCUCUCCGGGAGGGAGUGCCCUCGACACCGUGUUCUCCCACCUCCCGCCUCCGGUCACCAUCCCGCCGCUCGGGUCCAGCGUCUACUACCGCCAGAGCGAGCUGCUGCGCCACUUCGCCGCGUCGCAGGGGCAGAGCACCGCCUCCGCCGCCUGCUCGUCCACGGCGGCGGAGGAUGGCGCGCCGAGGAAGCUGUACCGCGGGGUGCGGCAGCGGCAGUGGGGAAAGUGGGUGGCGGAGAUCAGGCUGCCGCAGAACCGGGUGCGCGUGUGGCUCGGCACGUACGACUCGCCGGAGACCGCCGCGCACGCGUACGACCGCGCGGCGUUCAAGCUCCGUGGAGAGUACGCGCGCCUCAACUUCCCCGGAGUCAUGGACGGCGGCGACUGCCCCGACCACCUGCGGCACCUCCGCGACGCCGUCGACGCCAAGAUUCAGGCCAUCCGCGUCCGCAUGGCGCGCAAGCGCGCGCGCGCCCGGCGCCAGCGCGAGGAGAGCAAGAACCAGCCCACCGAUGACGCAAAGGCAGCGGCAGCGCCUGCUCGCCCUGCCAUCUCCGAGCGCGCCGCGUCCGAGACAACGACGACGACGACGUCGUCGUACGGCUCGCCGGACGGCGUGCUCUCCAUGAGCACGGCCUCCGUCGACGGCGAUUGCCCGCUCGAGCGGAUGCCAUCGUUUGAUCCCGAGUUGAUCUGGGAGAUGCUUAACUUCUAGUUUUAGCUGCGUAGAUGGAGUGCAACCAUGGACACGGACCAACCGACAGCAAGGUCCAUGGAUGGACAUGACUGGUUGCAGAGUUUGAGCUCUUAGAAUUUGCUGUUAGGUGAUGAUGGAUUGGUUAUUUGAGAAGGUUAUAGCUAGAUUAUUAGAAGGAUAUCAACAAUAAAUUGCCCAAGAAAACUGGUCUUCUUAGAGAUUACUAAUUAGUAACCUGUAUACUCGAUCGAUCUGUCGUGGGUUUUUGCAUCGACAAAGUUGUAAAAACUAAUCACUGAAUUUCUAGCUCUACACAAAUGUUGCUGUAUUCAUCAACUAGUAGCACAUAUUCGUGUACUCUGUUUUUUUCUUCUUCGAACUUAUUUGUAAUUUGGCAUAGCUAGAGUUACAAUAUGCGAUUAUAAAGAUCAGCUUCCCUGAGAAUUUUAGACAGAAUUACUCCAUAGAUAAUUUCUCGAGUUAUUUCCAUUGUGAUCGAGAUUUUCAGACACAUAUGUGAAAUUUUGCCCUUUUUCAGAAGAGCAGAUGGGGUGCAGAGCAGAGGACUGCAAGGGCAUAGAGAAACUAUGAGUCACGCAACACAAGAGGAGUAUUUCAGCCUGUCAUUAUGUGUAUUCCCAUCUAGCCAACACAAAUCAUGUAAAGCUUGUUCACUUGAUUUCCUGAAAGAAACCUUACGAUGGUGGUCCAUGGAGAUUAGUGAGUACUGACUAAGGCACAUGCACCAUUUUUUCUCUGUUAGCAUGUGCCCUAAACAGGAGUAGUUGGUUGAGCUGGGCUCCACCUAUAAAUCAAAGAACAGAAAAUCUUGCCUGUACAUCCACAAGGACCACAAUUGGAAUG